GAAAGCAACAGCUGACGAAGCAGCACGACGAAGCGAAGAAGAAAUACUUCGUGCGUAUGGAAUAGAAAAUUGGAAAAAGGCAACUGCACAGUGAAAAAUGUGGAAAAAUGUGGUUUUUGGAUAAAUAAUUGUGGAGCAAGGUAUUGCCACAGCUCAACAAAACAAAACAAAAGACGAUAAUUACGAAUUGGAACGCACAAAAUAGGAUAUGAGAUUGCUGCCAAAAACUCGGUGUGUAGAUUCGUCGUCGUUGUUGCUGUCGCAUUCGAAUUUCAUAUAUUGAGCAGCGAGAGAAAGAAGCCAAGAGCAAGCAAUAAGUAACAACAAGCAGAUGACAGAUGCAAAACUAAAUUCUACGUGCAAAUUUGUGAAAUUCAUUGAGGAUUGAGAUAACAAAACGAAUGCAGAGACGUUGCUGCAAAUUAUUCUAAUUAUACAACAGGGCCCAACUGUGUUCCCCGUCAAAGAACGAAACUGGUUAUACACACAGCGACGACGACGACGACAACCACGACAACGACGACGGCGACGACGACGAAGGAACGGGAGCAGCAGCAGCAGCAGCGAAAGGCAGUUCGACGCAGCAGAGCAGAGUGAGGGUAAUGGAAAAAAUCAAACAAAAGGUAAUUGGAGUGCUGCGCGAGCGCGACGGUGGCACGAAUGUGAAUCGCAGCAGUAGCAAUGGCAUCGCAGUCGGCGGUGGCGUUGGCGGUGGCUCUGCAGUUGCUGUUGGCAGUCAUCAGGUGGGCGUGGGCGUGGCUGUUGCAAUCGGGGUCACGCAGGACAAUGGCAAUGGCAACGAUAUCAACGGCGGCGUCGGCGGCAACGCCCCUGGACCAGAACGCAACGAUGCCCAUGGCCAUGCGCUGCUCAACAACGGUGCGCCUGCUGCUGCCGCUGGCGCUGGCAUCGCCGGCGCUGCUGUCGGCGUCGGUGGCAGCGGCGUUGCGAGCGGUGCAGCCCGCACUUCAGUUCUUUCGCGGCCGCAGACAUCGAAGAUCAGUGCACUCGACCUGGCUGGCAUAUUGAACACGCGACGACGACUCGAGUGGACCAAGGAGUGGCUGCGAAAGAAUCAAUCGGAGUUCCUCAGCAAGGAGAAUCUGCUGAGCGAGCUGCAGUCGCGCAAGGAUGAGUGCUAUCAUUUGAAUUACUUCCUAGCCAUAACCGAGAGCCAGUUUCGGUAUCUGGUGCAGAAACUGGAUCCCAUCAUCAGUCAGUAUGCGCCGCAGCGUAAAAAGAAAUCCUUUAGCGCCGAGGAGCGACUGGCCAUAACGCUCAAGUAUUUGGCGACGGGUGAAGUGCAUUCUUGUCGAAACUACUGCUUCCGUGCCUCGAAAUUUGUGAUAAACGAAAUGAUUGCCAAUAUCUGUCUGGGCUUCUAUGAGCACCUCAAGGACCAAUACGUGACACUACCAAAGACUGAUGAGCAGUGGCGCAACGCGGCCACGGAUAUGGAGCGCAAACACCAAUUGCCCCAAUGCGUGGGCAAUCUAUUCAUGCGCAGCAUUCAACUCCAGAACAAUGUCAGCAACAACAGCAGCAGCAGCGGCGGCGGUGGCGGAGGUGGAGGUGGAAACAACAGCGACGAACGGAAGCGUGCGAUCAUAUUUACGGCCAUCGUCGAUGCGGACAACAAUUUUCAGUAUGUGAAAGUGGAGCGUGCGGCAAACAGUCGACCCAAUGAUAUCUAUAACCAGACCACUGCCGUUGAACUUAUCGAGCAAAAGAUGCAGGCGCUCGGAGCGCGUCUCGAGGAGCAGUCACACGAUUUGCCCUGUGGCUUGAGCUAUUAUCUGGCCGGUGAUGCGGUGCUGCCAAGCACAUCGUAUUUGGUCAGCACACGCAAUGUGAGCAAGGACAGUGCGGUGUACGAUGCCCUGGAACAGGUGAACGCUCAUGCGGAGCAAACGAUGCGCAUAUUGUGCAAUAUAUUUCCCAUAUUGGCGCAGCCCUUGCGUGUCAGCGAGAAGCACAUUGGUCAGGUGGUGCUCGGCUGUGUGGCGCUGUACAAUUUUCUGCGCAAAACGGACGAUUCGUUUCGUCGCAACAGCGACAACAUUGUGCAGCAACGUGGCGGCAUCGAGCAGCCGCAACACGCGUAUGUGGACAGUGAGGAUAUCGAUGAUGAUUGCAUCAUGCUGGCCACCGAGGAAGAGCUGCGAGAGCGUGCCGAAUUUACGCCUAGCGUUGGCCUCACCACCUGCUUCCAGACGUUAUGCGCACAGCGCGGCGAUACGAGCGAUGGACAGGCGAAGCGAGACUGGCUGCUCAAUCUGCCCGUUUUGGGGGCACAACAACAGCAGCAUGGCAACAGUAACAGCAACAGUAAUAGCAACAGCAUUGGCAGCAGCAACAGCAACAGUAGUAGCAGCAGCAGCAGCAUUGGCAGUGGCAGUGGAAGUGGCAUCGGAAUGGGAUUGGUUGGGAUGGUUGGUGGUGGCAAUGCUGCCACGGCGAACGGGGGCUUAUAUUAGUGCAAUUUUGAUCUAAGUACUUUACGAAUUUUGUAUAGUUCCUUGUUUUCUAUUUUCUAACUCUUAAUCUGUACUCUACUGCAUAAUGUAUCUGUAUCUGUUGUAUCUUUAUAUAUUCAAAAUUGGCAUUAGCAU